UACAUUUCGUUGUGAAGACAUUUCUGAGAAUCUUUCCUGCCUUUUUGACCUCUAAAAACUAGGAAUGUUGCAUAUAGGAUAAAUAAUGCUAUUCAGACGAGUGAUAAGGAAGCCAAAAAUGUCUGAUGUCCUCACGGGGUACUUGGAGCAAAUUGGCGAGCCUCCGUGGACGUCCUUUUUCGUGAAAUACAAAGACGUGGACAAUGACUUUUUUGGUCAAUCGCACUUCAAUUGGACCCUAAAGUCUGGCAAUAAUUAUCAUAUUCUGCGAACCGGUGCAUUUCCCUACAUGAAAUACCACUGCACGAUGAGACCAACCGAAGAUUUAUCAUUCGAGAACAAUUUUUAUGGGGUGAUAAAAAUUAUUAACUUAGGAAUACCGCAGCUGAUGUACGGUUUGGCGGCCACGCGGCUUAUCAGACACGUGGAGUACGUGACAGUGGAACCAACAAAGGCACAAGUUCCCAUCUACUUCCUCUACAAGGAGGACAAGGGAUCGAAGUACUGA